CAUUUAUAUAAUCAAGAGAGUCUCUCGCCGUGGAAUCCCGUAUUUUCAGACCGAAAACCCUAAAGAAAACUUCCGAUAUAGAGAGAGAAUCGAAAAUGGCGGAGAAGAGCGGAGACGUGGAUUCAAAGAAGGGCCAGAAGAAGACAAAUCUGUUGGAUCACAAUUCCAUCAAGCACACUCUCGACGAAUCAGUCACCGAGAUCGUGACCAGCAAAGGAUAUCCGGAAGAUGUGCGGAUGAGCAAUUUUCGGUUGUUGGUUGGGACGAUCGUCAUUGUUGUUGCACUGGUCGCACAGUUUUAUAAUAAGAAGUUUCCUGAGAAUCGGAAUUUUCUCAUUGGUUGCAUCGCCUUGUAUGUUGUAUUGAAUGCGGUAUUGCAGCUGAUUGUAUAUUUGAAGGAGAAGAAUGCCAUCCUGUUUACCUAUCCUCCACUGGGAUCGUUCAACUCAACUGGAUUGGUCGUGACUUCCAAACUCCCAAGAUUCUCCGACAUGUACACCCUCAUAAUUGCGAGCGCAGAUCCCGAAUCUAUAUCUGCAAAACCUUCCGUUGAAUUCACCAAAAGCGUGACCAAGUGGUUCACCAAAGAUGGAGUUUUGGUCGAGGGUCUCUUCUGGAAGGACGUGCAACGCCUCGUCGAUGACUAUGCGAAAGAAGGUAAGAAGAGCAAGUAGAAAUCGAACAUAAAAUGCAUACACAUAUAUGCAUCACUCCCAUUUGAUAGAAACCAAAAUCACAAAAGGACUUAAGACUUAGUUAUUCCUUGUAAGAGAUUAAUGACACCCCUUGAGAAUUUGAAUGGAUUUUGAAAUCAAUUUCUUGAAUUUUAACAA